GGGAGGGUGUGUGUAGAGAGAGAGAGAGCGCGCGGGAGAAACGGAGAGCGAGAGAGACACAGAGACACCAAACUCCGGUGGAAGUCAGAGCAGACUUUUGCCUCAAUGCGCCGAGACUCCGAGACCCCUCAGCUCCAGGGACGCGGCCACCCCAUGCUGCCCCGGGCGAGCAUCGCGAACCCAGGAGAAGUCGACCUGGAGGAGGAACUCUCCUCUCGUCCCGCGCCAGACUUCGCCGCCCUCAAUCUCGCCGGUGUCACGAAAGCAGCAGUCGCCGCGUUUUACUUAAACGCCUAAAAGGGAAUUAUCAACGACGUUUUUUUUUCUUUUUUUAAAUACAUUUUCAUCUUAUUCCAAGAACUGUCACGUGCAUCGCGCACUCGGUCACAGGACCCGCGGCGCGCACUCGGGAGUGCGCGCGCGUGCGUGUGAGUGAGAGAGAGCGAAACAAAACGUCUGUUGCGUUUGAACUUUUCACUGGUGGAGCCGGGAGUGGAGCCGGGAGGAGGUGGUGCUGGCGGCUGCGAGGUGGCCCCCGGUGCUCGCGUGUAAACCCGAGCGGCUUUUGGGCUCCCGCGCGAGAUUUUUCGCCCAGCGAUGAGCCGGGACCUCCAGCGCUGGCUCCCGCAGGUGUUGAUGUGCCUCGGCCUCGUCUACUUACGCAUUGGGGCCUUGUCGUCCGUGGUGGCGCUGGGGGCUAACGUGAUCUGCAACAAGAUUCCGGGGCUGGCGCCGCGGCAGCGCGCCAUCUGCCAGAGCCGGCCCGACGCGAUCAUCGUGAUCGGCGAGGGGGCCCAGCUCGGCCUCGCCGAGUGCCACUUCCAGUUCCGCCACGGCCGCUGGAACUGCUCGGCGCUGGGCGACACCACAGUGUUUGGACAGGAGCUGCGAGUCGGGAGCCGAGAGGCCGCCUUCACCUACUCGGUGCUGGCCGCCGGCGUGGCCCACGCCGUCACGUCGGCCUGCAGCCGCGGCAACUUGAGCGAGUGCGGCUGCGACCGCCACAAGCAGGGCUUCAGCGAGGCCCUCGGCCUCGCCGGGGAGCGCGACGAGGGCUGGAAAUGGGGCGGCUGCUCGGCCGACAUCCGCUACGGCCUCGACUUCUCGCGAAUAUUCGUGGACGCGCGGGAGAUCAAGCAGAACGCGCGCACGCUCAUGAAUCUGCACAACAACGAGGUCGGUAGGAAGGUGCUGGAGGAGCGCAUGAAGCUGGAGUGCAAGUGCCACGGCGUGUCGGGCUCGUGCACGACGCGCACCUGCUGGACCAUGCUGCCGCGCUUCCGCGAGGUGGGCCACGCGCUCAAGGAGAAGUACAACUCGGCCGUUCACGUGGAGCCGGUGCGCGCCAGCCCGCACCGGCGGCCCGCCUUCCUCAAGGUGAAGUCGACGCCGCGGAACUACCGCAAGCCCAUGGAGACCGACCUGGUGUACAUCGACCGCUCGCCCAGCUACUGCGAGGAGGACCCCGCGUCGGGCAGCCUGGGCACGCGUGGGCGCCUCUGCAACCGCACGUCGCCGCACGCCGACGGCUGCGACUUGCUGUGCUGCGGCCGCGGCUACAACACGCACCUGUACACGCGCUCGUGGCAGUGCAACUGCAAGUUCCACUGGUGCUGCUACGUCAAGUGCAAUACCUGCAGCGAGCGAGUGGAGGUGUUCACCUGCAAGUGACGGGCGGGGGGGGGGAGAGACAGAGAUAGAAAGAGAGAGACGGUGCUGGGAUUAAAGCGGAGAGAGUGAUGGGGAAAUGUAGGUGGAGGAGGGCGGUGGAGAGAGAGACAGAGAGAGAUAAGACAGAGGGAGGUGCAGGUGGUGGCGGAAGAGAACGGAAGAGGAGGGCGGUGGCCAGGGGUUAAAGCGGAGAGAGGCGGGGGAGAUGUGCGUCGCGGACGGGACGCGGAGGAGACGGGAACGUCGGACGGGUUGGAGGAGAGAUGUGCAAGUCGUGGGAUGGAGCAGGGAAAUUGUGGAUGUUACGACUGGCGGUGGGACUUUGAACGUACGGGGCGAUCGUGGUGCAGCACCAUCAUUGUCGGCAGAAGCAGCAGCAGCAACAACAGCUGUAGCUGCGUCAAGAUCAUUACCAUUGUCAUAGCUGUUACCAUCAUCAUCAUCAUCGUGAUCAUCCUCAUCAGCAGCAGGAGCAGCAUUAGCAGCCGAUAACGCAAGCCAAGAGACUAUGGACUCCUCUGUCGGACGUGAGGGUGGCGUGCCAGGGGCGCAUGCCUCCUCCGCCCAGGCUAUGGGCUUGAGCAAUAAUUGCUUGAUAAAUUUGAGCAAUAAGGCCACUGUGGGACAAUUUUACGCGCACAUUUUGGGUUUAUAUUUCAUGGAUCCCUCGACCACUCUACAUUGGUGGCCUGGGCUACGUAGGCCCUCACCCCAGGCCCGCCCGCACUCCCCUAAUAUAUUAAUAUAUUUGUUAACCAGGUAAGGCCCACUGUGCUCUGUGUCUUUUUUUCAGAAGCGACCUGGUCACAUUUGAUAGCUCACCGAAGUGGCUUGUCGUCACGUGGAAAUUUCUAGCGGCCAAAUACUCUUAACUUCACAAUUGUUCCCACGCGAACUCAGUCUCGCAUUGGUACGAGGUAAAUAAAAACGAGUGCCACUUUGUCGGAGAGUCCGCAGUGCUUGUGCUACGAUGAAAUGGCUCAUCCUCGCCAAGGGAAUAGGGAAUUUCCACCACCCGCCAGAGAGGUGAGCCACGCCUUGGCGUCCUUCUUUGAGUGGUUGGGCCGGCUUGGAAGUUGACUUUUUUAAAUAAAUGGUAACCACAAAAUAUCUUUCAAAAAAGAUUCUAAAGAGAGAUAUAUUUUCAAUAUAUAUAAGGGGCGGUCGAAAAUUGUUGAUUUCUAUUCACUAGGCGUGCAAGGCUGCAUUGGGUUAAACCCUUAAAAAUCAAAUCGUCCGCUCGUGGCUCGUGCAUCAUUUAGUUCGUUAAAAGACGCGAUUAUUUAGAAUUCCUGCAAAUCGUAUGUAAGUUAUAAGCUCGUGCAACAGUUGGGUUAAUGGGACGAACAAAAACAAUACAAACGAGACGGGGGGAAAAGAAUCCCCGCCCCCCACCUCCCUCCACCAAGAAACAACGCGGACGACAACUCACGACCCCCCCCCCCCCCCCCCACCGAGGAAUCAGAAUUUCUGCGGGUGUCGAAUUGUCACGUGACUACGAUAGAUGCUCCUGACACGCUUGUAGCCAUACGGAGCAAUGGACCGUAACACCACGGCACGAGCGUAUACUGCACCGGCUGUGUGGUGAUAGAAGUAAUGAGGGUGGUGUAGGCACAACAACGCAAGCAAGAUGCCGGUCUCAUUGCAUUGUGGGUGGUCGGAUUCAGACCUCCGCCGAACCGGGCUGGAACGCGUGGGCACGAUUGUGUCGCCGACCGGUGAUGACGGAGAUCAUGGAGCAUCUUUGCCGAAACUCGGGACGGAGAGAGGCACCGUCGUCGUGACGCGGUUUCGGGCCGCGUGGUUUUGUGCCGGGGGUAUUUUACACGGCUCGUUCUUGAGGUUUGUUUUUGACAGCCCGUUGCUUGCAUGCGUCGCGUGUGUACGCGCGCACACGCGUGUGUGUGUGUGCGUGUGUGUAUAUAUAUAAGUUAUAUGGCAGGUUGCACUGGAAUAACGUACCGUACACUUAACCGGAAGAGCGUCUCGAUUCAAACACUACAAAACUGUAUUUUUUCACAAAUGCCGCGAUAUCGUGCGAGUGACACCCGUGUUCGAACUUCUUCAUUAGCACCGCACGUAGCCAGCCAUGCUAUGUGCGACGUCACCGGAGGGCCAGAGGGGUGGCCGUACAGAACAUCGGACGACUGAGUUGGUAGACUUUUGUAGGCAAUUAAUGAACCCUUUCCCAUUCCGAUAACGUGCAUGUACGUCAUCAGUUUUUCUUCCAAUUCUAUUCUGAUGACGUACGAUUCUAUUCCAAUGACGUACGAUUCCAUUCUGAUGUCGUGCAUUACGUCAUCAAUUUUUCUUCCAAUUCCGUUCCGAUGACGUACAAUUCCAUUACGAUGACGUACGUGCACGUUAUUAGUUUUUCUUCCAAUUCCGUUCCGAUGACGUACAAUUCCAUUCCGAUGACGUACGAUUCCAUUCCGAUGACGUGCAUGGACGUCAUCAGUUUUUCUUCCAAUUCCAUUCCGAUGACAUACAAUUCCAUUCCGAUGACGUAUAAUUUCAUUCCGAUGACUUACGUGCAUGUUAACGGAACGGAAUUGGAAGUAGAAGGCCAUGCCGGAGGGUGUGUGGCUCAGUUUGGCACCAACCAUCGUAGAGUGCGGUCGUGUCGAUACAUUUCUUUGCGGGUAAGCACAGUACAAUGUCAUUAAAAACGACGACGCUACACCUCUCUGAAUAAAAUGAACGCAGAUCCGCUUGCGCGUUCCGAGCUUCGGCAGUGAACGAGACACCCACCCUGCAACUUGCAGACGUCUCGGAAGGGAAAAGGGUUAAUUGGCCGUGCGAGAAAGGAGGUCAACUCACAACGAGGUCCAGGCGCUUUCUGUCGCUCACUUGCCCCAAGCCUAACCCCAGUGGUGGCCCUCGGCAUAAUCAAACUAAGCGACUGUGCAGGGCCCCCAAGUGGCGCAAAGGCCCUCCAGAUUCGUGAAGAGGGAUGAAACAUAUACCAGCUCAAAUUCAAAUCCGAAUAUUCAAAGUCGCAGAUUGGCAUUAAAGGGGCUAACUCAUCCCUCUCAUCCCCAUCUCGUCUGAAGUCUCUUAUGGAGCUUCAUUUUUGUCUCUUGGCUAUACCUCCCUUAUUUCACUCCAGCUGUCUUCUCUGCUGAUGAUCUCGAGCCUCUGAUCUCACCACGUCGCUAUCUCGUGUCUAUGUCUCUCCUGUCAUCUCAUUAAGAGUUUAUGUAUCGAACGGAGGGCCCCCAAUGAACCCGCACGACUACUGACCCCAACCCUGGACUCUGAAAUCACAUUUCCGCCUAUUUAGGAACAACCGUUGCAAUUAUUUGAGACUUCUACCAAUUUUGAGGGCAUGUGAAUUUAUAUUUCUCCUGAACGUUCAGUUUGUAUGGUAUGGAACUGUCAGGCAAUCUCGGUGGAUUGUCAGGCUAGUGGAUUGUAAGGCAGUGUGGAUGGAUUGCCAGGCAAUCUUAGCAAAAUUGUCGGUCAGUCUCGAUGGGCAGUCAGGGAGAGUCGGUGAAAAAAUGGGGCCGUCACAGCGACCUGCGAGGAGGCCCAGAAACAGCUCGAAGCAUGUCAGGCGAUUCGCCCGCGUCGCACCGAAACCGCCGUGCAGCGGUGCAUUGUGGGCGACAGAGAUUCUACUGAUGAAUGUCAACUACUGACGGAUCGUGAGCGAGUCGACGCAUGGGGUGAGCGGGUGGGAGAUGAGCAAUUUUCUUUUGUUUGUCGUCACCGCCGUCCGAUGGGAUUGCCCGCGACCUCAACACGGCCACCGAGACGACGAAUCUCUCUCUCGCUUUGUUCAUCUCAGCGACGCGCCUGGGGGGGGUGGGGGGUGGGGGGCUGUCCCGGCGAUGGCGGUUAUUUAUUUAUUUACUUGACGCUAUGCGGCGAUCUUUGCAGAGAAGUGCCGGUGGUGGCGGUCGUGGCGGCGCGUUGGUGGCGGCUCCUGCUCCGGGCCAUGGAGUGGGAACCGCGCAGAGACCGCACGGAAUUUGUCGCUCGAAUCAAGCGAGGCCAAUGACGACUCCUGACGGCUACCGCCCCCCCCCCUCCAACCUGCUGUGCCUUCUUUUUAGCGUUGGCUCUGGUCGCGACUCUGAAUGCAGCCCCAGCACAAGGCGACACCCUGACCUUAUGAACCCUGAUUGUAAUGCUAAUCAAGCGCAAUGUGAGGCUAAACCAUAGUCCUGAUGCUCACACUAUCCCAGUUUAAUAUGCCACUAAACCAUAGCCCUGACUUUAACCCUCACCCAGUCUAACAAUCCACUAAACCAUAGCCCUGACUCUGACUGUUACCCAGUCUAACGUUCCACUAAACCAUAACCCUGGCCCUAACCCUCACCCAGUCUUACAAUCCACUAAACCAUAGCCCUGACCCUGACUCUAACCUAGUCUAACGUUCCACCAAACCAUAGCCCUCACCCUAACCCAGUCUAACAUUCCACUAAACCAUAGCCUUGACCCUGACUCACCCGAUUAAAGACACUCAACGUAAAGCCAAACCAUAGAGCCCCCUUGACCCUUUACGUCGACGUUGAAUGGAGACGAAUUCGAGGCUAAAUCAAUUCGCAAAAAAAGGUGACGAGACGCAAGAGACGAUGCCAAUUUCUUUUUAAUCCGCGGAAAACUGGGACCAAGUUGAAUUGUAACAGAGGCGCAUUUUUAAAUCUCCUAUUCUCUCUUCAUUCGUUUUUUUUGUUUUGCCAAAUCGGCAGCGGCGGCGGCGGCUAUUGUGUAUUUUGCAAGCGAGUGUAUAUUUGGCGAGACGUUAUUUUUAUAUUAAAAUAUUUAUUCACACGCA